AUGAAGACCCGAGUGUGCCAGGGGGCCGUUGGCAUCAUCCUCGUCACCAUGGUUACAAGUUUUAUGGUGAUGUACAACAGCGGUUCCGGGGACGCGUCCCCGCCGUCGCCCCACCGCCCGAGUCCACCGGCGAAGCAUCGGGAGAGGCCACCGAGACGAGCUGCACCCGCCCUGGACGGCUACCUGGGCGUCAUCGAUCACAAGCCUCUGAGGAUGCACUGCACCACCUGCGCCCUGGUGACCAGCUCCGGCCAGCUGAUGGGGGGCGACCAGGGCGAGGAGAUCGACCGCUCCGAGUGCGUCAUCCGAAUGAACGACGCCCCCAGCGCAGGCUACCAGCGCGACGUUGGCAGGCGUAACACGUUGCGAGUAGUUGCCCAUUCCAGCCUCCAGAGGGUGCUAAAGAGCCGCCAGGAGCUGCUCAAUGCCAGCCAGGACACGGUGUUCAUCUUCUGGGGACCGAGUAGCUGCAUGAGACGGGACGGGAAGGGCCACGUCUACAACAACCUCCGGCUGCUGAACCAGCUGCUGCCCGAUCUCAAAGUCUACGUCAUCUCCCGCCUCAAGAUGCAGUGGUUCGACGAGCUCUUCAGAAAGGAAACGGGGCUUGACAGGAAGAGCUCCAACUCCUGGUUGAGUACAGGCUGGUUCACCAUGACUAUAGCCCUGGAGAUGUGCGACAGGAUCAAUGUUUACGGCAUGGUGCCUCCGGAUUUCUGCAGCUUGCCGUCCCAUAUCUCAGUGCCUUAUCAUUACUACGAGCGCUCGGGGCUCGACGAGUGCUCCAUGUAUCUCUCUCACGAGUGGAGUCGAUGGGGAAGCCACCACCGCUUCAUCACCGAGAAGAGGGUGUUUGCCAACUGGGCCCGCACGCUCAACAUCCACUUCUACCAACCGCAGUGGGAACCGGACUCCACUGUCACCAGUAUGAACAGCUCAAACAGUCAAGCUGCUGCCUCCUGA